CGCAACCCACUUGCCCGCAGGGAUGUGGAACUCUGAAGCAAAUAUGGUUUCACAUCCCAGUGUGAAUUCUGAGGCAGUUGAAUUCACUUUCGGUCCUGAAACUAGAUGCUUGGUACGAACUAUAGUGUCAGCACAUCCUGCUCUUGGCACCAGCUCAGAUUUGCCAUAGAUCUAGCAUUCCAGCGCUUCCCCCCCAAAGCUCAGAAGAUUAAGAAACAGAAGUUCCCUGCCUACACUGGAUUAAAACAAACAACAUCUGUAUUGGUACUUGAGCAGUAGACAACUGCUGGCCAAUCCCAAACCAAACCAAAGUCUCCAAAACUGCCUGCCCAGUUCUGCAAGGGGUGGUGGCAGCUCUGCCCUAAGAAUUUAACAGGAUGGCUAUAUCAGAUCCCUGCCAAAGACUACCUGCAAGGGUGCCAAAGCUGCUGCUACUGCUGUUGUGGAGCUUGGUUCUGCCUUGGCCUGGUGAAGGAUCCCAGCGCAGUAAACCCAUAUUCACAGCAGUCACGGAUCAAAUCCUUCCCCCUGACUAUGACAGCAACCCAACUCAGCUCAACUAUGGCGUGGCUGUGACUGAUGUAGACCAGGAUGGAGACUUCGAGAUUGUCGUGGCUGGGUACAAUGGACCCAACCUAGUGCUGAAGUACGACAAGGCACGGGGACGGCUGUUGAAUCUUGCAGUGGAUGAACACAGCUCCCCCUACUAUGCACUGAGGGAUCGCCAGGGCAAUGCAAUUGGUGUGACAGCCUGUGACAUUGAUGGAGAUGGAUGGGAGGAGAUUUACUUCCUAAACACCAAUAAUGCCUUUUCUGGUGUAGCCACCUAUACAGAUAAACUCUUCAAGUUCCGCAAUGGGCACUGGGAGGACAUCUUGAGUGAUGAGGUGAAUCGGGCUGUGGCAAGCCGCUUUGCUGGGCGUUCCGUGGCAUGCGUGGACAGGCUGGGCUCUGGCCGGUAUUCCAUUUACAUAGCUAACUAUGCCAAUGGAAGGGUUGGUCCUCAUGCCCUCAUUGAGAUGGAUACAGCUGCCAGUGACCUAGAGCGUGGCAUUGUGGCACUGAAUGAUGUGGCUGCAGAUGCUGGAGUCAAUAAAUUCACAGGGGGUCGGGGCAUAGCGGUGGGUCCCAUUCUCAGUGAAGCUGCCUCUGACAUAUUUUGUGAUAAUGAGAACGGAGCCAACUUCCUCUUUCAGAACCAGGGUGAUGGUACCUUCAUUGAUGUAGCACCCAGUACUGGCUUGGAUGAUCCCUACCAGCAUGGUCGUGGAGUGGCACUGGCUGACUUCAAUCGUGAUGGCAAAGUUGACCUAAUCUAUGGUAACUGGAAUGGACCACACCGGCUCUAUCUGCAGAUUAAUGCAGGUGGGCGUAUCCAUUUCCGGGACAUUGCCACGCCCAAACUGUCCAUGCCAUCACCUGUCCGCACUGUCAUCGCUGCUGACUUUGACAAUGACCAGGAAUUGGAAGUCUUCUUCAACAACAUCGCGUAUCGUGGCUCAUCUGCCAACCGCCUCUUCCGGGUUGUCCGCCGAGAACAUGCUGACCCAGCUAUUGAAGAACUAAACCCUGGUGAUGCUGUGGAACCAGAGGGGCGUGGCACAGGAGGUGCGGUGGUAGAUUUUGAUGGUGAUGGGAAGCUGGAUUUAAUUCUUUCACAUGGCGAAUCCAUGGCACAGCCACUCUCAGUCUUCAAAGUCAGUGAGGGUGCUGGCAACAACUGGCUGCGGGUGAUUCCACGUACACGCUUUGGGGCAUUUGCUCGUGGUGCUAAAGUGGUGCUGUUCACGCGGCACAGUGGUGCCCAUCUGCGCAUCAUUGAUGGAGGGUCUGGGUACUUGUGUGAGAUGGAGCCUGUUGCCCAUUUCGGCCUGGGACAGGAUGAGCCUAGCAGCCUGGAAGUGACUUGGCCAGAUGGCAAGUUUGUCAGCCGGGCUGUAGUGAGCACUGAGACCAAUUCUGUACUGGAAAUUCUCUAUCCCCAGGACACACCAGGGUCACCCACCAUUAUACUUCCUCUUGAGUGUGGCCAAGGAUUCUUUCAGCACAAGAGUGGGCGCUGUGUUGACAUGGAUGAGUGUGCAGAAUUUCCUUUUGUGUGUCCAAGAGGCAGACCCGUCUGCAUCAACACAUAUGGUGGGUACCGUUGCCGCAGCAACAAGCGCUGUGACCGGGGCUUUGAACCCAAUGAGGACGGCACUGCUUGUGUUGGUAUUGCCUGCUUCUUCUAUUUUUUCCUGGCAAUGCAACAAAAAUGAAGAGAGUUCUGCUAACCCAAAGAGUUAUUUUUCUAAGCAUGAAGACCAAGCAAGAUGAUAUCAACUUAUCACUUUUCAGUUUAUAAUUUCUCAGUCUACACAUGCCAUAUGGCAUGAGAUGCUGUUGCAAUAUAAAACGUUAUGCAGGAAAUACAAGAUCAAUUAUGUUAGCAGGAAGAAUUGAUGUAGAAGAUCCAGAUCUAUAGAAGAGCUGGGCAAAAUCCCAUCCUCGUCCCCAUUGCCGACAUUGUGACAUUUAAUUUAUCACAACAUCACUUUCAUGAACAUGAUAUUCAAGCAGAAAGAGUGAUUUUUACUCUGGAAACCCAUCAUGUUUUUAUUUUGAUUGCUGCUGUGAUUUUAUUCUGAAUUACAAAAGUUGAUGGUUGGUUGGUUUGUUGUUUCGCUCCAAACCAACUUAAAAUUCUGUCAUGUUAAUGUUUAUGUUAUAAUCAAACAGGACAUGAUUUUUAGUAGCACACACAAUCUAUUGAAAUUGAUAAUUGGUAAGGAAUAUAUUUUUAUAUCUGAUUUAAGCCCCACUUUCUAACACAAUGUACUUGCCCAUUUAAGUACAUUUGGUUAUGUAGUAGGGCAAGGUAAAAGUCAAUGAGCUAACAACUGGAUCUUUUGGAUUUAUUGAAGAAUAAGCUAAAGGAAGGAAAAUAUUCCCUUGCAAGUAGUUCUAUCUAUAGGAACAAGAAAUAUGAUGGCCAGACAAGAAAAAUGUACUUCUUAAUUCUAAAUACUACCUGCAGUGGAAUAUUAUUAAAACAUUAGCAUAGCACUCUUUGAUAUAACCCUCACAAAGAUUAUCUCAGUAAUCCUCUCUGUGUAAUCAUGCACGAGCAUCUGCAGCGUAUAUUUUCCUGUUCCCUAAAAUGAAUAUGCCCAGAGCUCCAUCCAGCAUGGGCAGGAGCCUAGCAGUGUUGCUCUGAAUGGAUGGUGGUUUGUCUAAGGGCAAUGACUGAGGUUAUUAUCAAGGAGAGAUUGGAACAUGGAGCCUCCCAGAUCAUACUCACACUAAGAAGAUUUAAUUACCUCUAAGAUUUAAUUAUCCACCUUUAAAUUUCUCAGCCUAGCUUCUGGUGCUUAUCAUUACCAAGGCCCCCACUCACUGCCUGUUUCUUAUUGAAGUGAAAAGAAAACCUCCAAGGAGUUUCUGUUGGGCAAAGGAAUGUUAGGCAUUUGGGAGGAAAAAGCAACCUGGCACUCUGAUGUUGUUAGUUUGUAUUUUAGGAGAAAUUCAAAGUAAUGCCAGCAGAAGGCUUCAAGAUGCUUGCUUCUGGCCUGUCUCACACAGUGGUCCAUGCUCCAGCAGAGACAGGGAUUCUGCUGUGAUGCUGACCCCACCUUUGCAUUGCCUGAUAGCCUGCCUUGAUUAAUCGUUGGUCUCUGAUCUCUGCAAGCUUCCUGACAUUUUGCUCAGCAGACUUCAUCUCAUCCAGCCAUGCUUUUCCAUGUUCGUUUGAUCACUAGUUGCUAAUUAGAAGACCAUGUAUAAUCUCCCCCAUUUAUAACUACAUCAGUACUAAAAACAAAGGAGGGAAGCUAUUGAAAAGACUGGUCAGGAAACCUACUCUUACUGAUUGCUCAUGGCCAGCAUUGCCAUACCAAAUGGAAUUGGAUGGCCAAGGAAGGAAGGAAACUAUACAUACACCUGUGGUAAAACAGAAGCAAGGGGGAAUAUCCCUCUGCACUAACUUCCAUUAGCACAGGGCCUCAACUAUAAAACACUCAACAUGUUUUUGAAACACUAUCACUGGCUUUGAAAAUGACCUUGCAGUUGCAAAUGCCCCAUCACUCCUUAUUUUAUAGACAUGUUUUAAAGUCUAGUAAUUGUCCAUCUUGCUUUUAUCUGAUUAAUUAAAAUUAGCCCAUGCUUUUGGGGGAGAUGAGAAAUGAGUUCUUGCUUUAAUUGUUAACAUCAGGAUUAUUUUUUAAAAAUAUGAAAAAUACUUAAACUACAUACACAUACAAAAUAUAAAUGCAAAAGUAUCUAUAGCUAUAUUUUCCUGAAAAUAUAUAUUCAUUACUACAUUAACUGACUUUGCUUAAAUAAUAGGUUGCUUCUUAAUCAUAUGCAGUAAAUGGCAUUAGCAUGGUAUUGCAACGUACCCUGUCAUGCAGUUUUUGAAGGCAGAAGAGCUUCACCUCACACAAAAAAGAGAGAUAAAAAUCAAACACAUUAUUAAAAGCAUAGCUGUCUUUUUGUCAGACAGGACAAGCAUAUCACAUUACAAUAUAUUUAUCGCAAUAAUCUCUGCCAUUAUUUUCUUCUCAGGCAACCACUGUAAUUUUCCUACACUUGACAGAUAUUAGUCAUUGAAGCUUGCAUGUGAAUUAAUGAAAAUUAUAUACUUUCUGCAACUUAAUGGGGAUACCAUAUUAAAUUAAGACACCAUUGUUAGGUCUUUCAUGUAUGGCAUCAGGUUGCAGAAACUGUCAUGAUGUCAAAAUUUUGGUGGUUAUUACACAUAAUUAAGGCAAAAUAUUUGGAUUUAAUCUGGUGUCAGUCAUCACAUAAAAUCAGUGCAAAUAUACAAAGCUGAGACUAUCUAACUGGGAUAAGUGAUCUGAUUCUCAACUCAACUCAGAUCAGAUCAAUGCAGGCUUAUAAUGCUAAUAUCUUUUCAGUGAUGUCACAUGAUCUUAUAGCUUUAAUUUAGCAUCUUAGAGUAGUUGGGAGCAUUAAAUCCUGUACUGUGUUUACAAAAUGACAGGGUCAUUUGUUAUCUUAUGUUUUCCCGAGGUACCCAUCUCAUCUGUCAUAUUUCAUCCCAUCAGCGUGAAGUGUUGAAGGAUGUAAUAUAUCUCCAGAAAGGUUUUGAUUAUAUCAUAGUCAAUUGCAUAAAAAUUACAUGGCAAUGCUAGAUGUGCUUCUUUUCCCUACAUACUACUCCCAUAAUUCCCUGCUUCCACCCUAUCUCAUCUGAAGGGCUCAUGAGGCCUGCUAGGUUAUAGCUUUCUCUUAUUCAAUCAGCAGCAGCCAGGGAACAGAGCAAAACUGCAAACCACAACAAGGGUCCCCCAUACCAAAGGAGAUUAGAAUACAUGUCAAGUGUAAGUCCAAAAUGUUGUCAUAAGGCAACAUAAUGCCAGGAAGCCCAGCUCAGGAACUUACAAGGUGUUGGUAUUAUUUUCAACACUAGCUAAUUUUGAAAUCCAUGCAUCUUCAAGUUGCUAAGAUUGAGAAACAUUGGCCUAGAGGUUCUUCAGAGACUUUCUGUUCAAAAUCUGGAGCAACAGAUCUUAUACUCACAGGGACAACUCCUAUCUGCCUGAUGUGCUGGGCCCAGAUUCCAGACUUUCAUUGAAAAGUUUGAAACUUUCUCAGGAUGAUUGCAGAAGGGAGUUAUUAGUAGACUGCCUGAAUAAGCAUGCAAGCUGAAUUCAGUGAGUUUAAGAACUUGGCUAAUCGCUUGAUUCAAAAGCAAAUAGGAGCCAUAGAUUCAAAGCAAGAAGUCAGUUUUAACAGUCCUCUGGAGGUGUAGCAAAACAGAUCCAAAGCAAAAGUGCACUCUAUAUGUACCAUUUAUGAACCAAGAAAAGCCCAGGUCAAAUGAUGCUUCCUUGGCUCCACCUAGUUGCUAUGCAACAUGUAAUCAGUACAGUUAAUUAGGUCUUCACUCUGGAUGAUUGUUGCCAUGAUGCAGAAUUUAAAUGCCUUUAAAAAUAGGCCCCAGCAACAUCUUUUUUUUCCAGUUGUGCAGGUCUAGUUUAAGGGGGAUCGCAUCAUGUUCAGCUGCAUUGGGCCCCAGAAUGUGGUGGCCCUCUAAACAAAGUUGCUGAUGAAGGGAACUAUGGCAAAGGAUGGAACAGUAAUGAAGAGACUGCUACGCCAAGCCUGAGGGAACACCCCCUCUCUGCAUCAGUUUCAAGUGGGCCAGUCUCCCCUUUGGCUGAUGCAAUUCCAUGUUAGCCAAGAGUUCAGUCAGGCUAGUGGGAGUGGGUGGCUGCAUGGAAAUAAAAAGGAAAAAGGAAUUCAGAGGUCUCCAGGAAGGAAAAAUGUCUCAUAGCAAAUUUAACUUUUACAAUGCCAGCUUUCUAUGUUAACAAUCAAAGAAAUGGAAAUAAAGAGGAAGAACAGGUUAAAGAAUGUAUGAUAAAGUGGGCUAACAAUUUUGGUUAUAAUGUACAGAUGGAUCAAUGGGAAAAUAUGUGGUUAAAAGAGUUGAAGUUUACAUUGUAUUAUGAUCUCAAAGACAAUUUUUAUAAAGGAUGUAUCAUUGGUAUAUGACACCAGAGAAAUUAGCUAGAAUGUAUGAAAGCACUUCAAAUGUAUGUUGGAAA